GCUGUGUUGGUGCUCCCUCUCCUGCUAGCGGCCUCUGCUCUUACAGAACCUACCUCCACUUUCAUUUUGACAGCUCCCCAGCAUGUAACGCUCGUCCCUGUAAUGACACGCGAACGCUGAGACUGUGACCUAAGGCCUCAUUUCGGCCACACACAGACGGCAGCUGGUACGGGGGGCUGUGGCGGGGCAUGCGGAGCCGGCACUCGCCCCGGGACUCCCGCACACGCAGGCCGUCCUGGGCGUGAGCGGCUUGUCCUUCUCGACGUCAGACGCUGGCUUUUCAUCUCAGAGGGACUCAACCGUGUAAGGAGCCUGCAGCGCAGAUACGUCCUUGAGGCGGCAGCCAUUUCUGUUUGCAGUGGCUGCAGUUUGGUACCGCCCCAGUAGCUUCUACCCGGCCGCGAUCCAUAACCUCUGGCUGGCCGUAGCGACAUUCUGGGAGCUCUGGGAGCUUGUUACGUCUCCCUCGCACAGUGAUCGGUCCCUCCGAGCGCUUUUGAAUGUCUGUCCUCUGUCACAAACUGUGCGCUUGCGUUACAGUUACUUACAGAUCUGCUCUUUCCUGGAUACACCUUAUGCAUUAUGAAAGACCAUCUUUGUUCUUUGAUUGGCUGCUGUGUUGGAGCUGUGCCAAGUCACCGUGCUGACAAGUCGGCCAUUUGCUUGAAUUUAGAGAUUUCAUCUGCAGUUUUGUUGAACGUCUGUCUGUCCGGAUGGGAGGCUUCCAUGCUUCCAUGGUUAUUUGUCCUCUGAAUUAUUUUUUUUGUAGCUGAGAUUAUUGACACCCUGUGCCAUGACAGUACAUUGCCAGUUGAGCCCUUCAGAUACGGCGAAGGUAACCGUUUCCACGGAUACGGAGUGUGACGGUACGGCAGUGCUAAUGACUUUGUUUUGAACCCAGUGGCCUAACACUGCCAUCAGGCUACUUUCAUUUUUAAUCACUUUCAUGGCACGGAGGGGGAGGAAGGCAGUGAGUGCUAUGUCCUUUCAGCGUCCACAGCACAUUGUUCUCACUCCCGGCCGCGGUUUCUGCUGAGGAAGACCUGGCAGCCAGUCGAGGCGGCCUUAAGCGGCUGUGCGAGCCGCCGCAGUCGCUGCUGGACGAGAUCCCUGCAUAGAUGGCCGCCAGCAUUUACACAGCCCUUUCCCUGCAAGCUCUUACUGCAGCGCCGGUCCUCGCAUGUUUUUAUUCUUUAUUUUCAGUUUCGCUGUGAGGAUUUUUGUGUUUUUAUUUAUUUUUUUUAUGUCCUGGGGAGAAAUCCCCCUGCACUGCAGCAAAAUGCCUGAGAGGGAGUUGGGUUAGAGGGGAGCAAUGUGGCACAGCUCGGUCGGCCAAUCAGAUGUGUCCGUGUGGCGUCUGGGCCAAUCGCAGCCACAGCCGAGGUUAAAGAUUGACAAUUGCAGUGGAGCAGCCGGGAGAGCAAGGCCCUUCUGGAAAAUUCCGCACCCAUCUUUGUCUCAUCCUAGGCUGCCCUAAAAUUUUAACGGUCCACGGCUGAAGAAUUUGUCGUAUAUGUUCUGUGCUUUAAGAUAAGCUUGGCUGAGGAGGAGAUUAAAACGGAGUCUGAUGUGGUCGAGGGGAUGGACAUUUCCACACGGUCCAAAGUCUCAGAUCCCGUGUCAGCUGAGCGGGCUGCCCUGAAGAGGAAACUACCUAGCCCUCCCCACUCUUCCAACGGACACUCCCCCUCUGAGGCUUCUCCGAGCCCUGUGAAGAAGAAGAAGAAACCAGGCCUGGUGAACAGCAGCAAAGAGCAGCCUGGCCUCAGACAUGGCCCGUUUUACUAUGCCAAGCAGCCACUCACCACAGACCCUGUUGAUGUUGUGCCGCAGGACGGCCGGAAUGAUUUCUACUGCUGGCUGUGCCACCGGGAGGGCCAGGUGCUGUGCUGCGAGCUCUGCCCGCGGGUCUACCAUGCCCGCUGCCUGCGGCUGGCUGCCGAGCCCGAGGGCGACUGGUUCUGCCCCGAGUGCGAGAAAAUCACAGUGGCUGAGUGCAUCGAGACCCAGAGCAAGGCCAUGACCAUGUUGACCACGGAGCAGCUCUCCUACCUGCUCAAGUUCGCGUUGCAGAAGAUGAAGCAGCCAGGGCAGACCGAGCCAUUUCAGAAGCCCGUGUCCCUGGAGCAGCAUCCAGACUAUGCCGAGUACAUCUUCCACCCGAUGGACCUCUGCACGCUAGAGAAGAACGUCAAAAAGAAAAUGUACGGGUGCACAGAGGCAUUCCUGGCUGAUGUUAAAUGGAUCCUGCAUAACUGUAUCAUUUACAAUGGCGGUAACCACAAACUGACGGCCACAGCGAAAGUCAUAGUGAAAAUCUGUGAACAUGAAAUGAAUGAAAUCGAAGUUUGUCCAGAGUGUUACCUGUCGGCUUGCCAGAAAAGGGACAACUGGUUUUGUGAGCCAUGCAGUAACCCACACCCACUGGUCUGGGCCAAGCUGAAGGGCUUCCCCUUCUGGCCGGCAAAGGCACUGCGGGACAAAGAUGGACAAGUGGACGCCCGAUUCUUCGGACAGCAUGACAGGGCCUGGGUCCCCAUUAACAACUGCUACCUCAUGUCUAAGGAGAUCCCUUUUUCUGUGAAGAAGACCAAGAGCAUCUUCAACAGUGCCAUGCAGGAGAUGGAGAUCUACGUGGAGACUUUCCGCAAGAAGUUCGGUGUCUUCAACUAUGCCCCCUUCAGGACGCCCUACACUCCUGACAACCAGUUCCAGAUGCUGCUGGAUCCCUCGAACCCGGCAGCCGGCUCAGUGCGACCUGAGCGGCAGGAGAAGAUCAAGCUCAGCUUCGACAUGAGUGCCUCCCCCAAGGUGCUCCCGGGUCGAGCCACGGCGCCAGCAUCGGCGGGGCGUCGGGUCUCGCCCGCCGAUGCGCCACGUUCACCCACGAGCACCAACUCGUCCGCCCACACCGGCUCAGAUGGGGAACAGGAGGUGCCAGAGAAGUGUGGCAGGGGCCCCUCUGGCCUGUACAGUGCUGGCGAGGAGAGCAUGGACUGCUCAGCAUCUCCAGCAGCAACUAAAUCCUUCUCACCACAUGGCCCCCCGAUGGCCACGGCCCCUAAACCGGAGCGGAUCUCAGCCGCGGGGAGUAUACUGAACCUCAACCUGGAUCGCAGUAAAGCCGAGAUGGACCUGAAAGAGCUGAGUGAGACGGUGCAGCAGCAGCAAUCUCUACCAAUAGUCCUGACCUCUCCGAAGAGGCAAAUCAGGAGUCGCUUCCAGCUGAACCUGGACAAGACCAUUGAGAGCUGCAAAGCACAACUGGGAAUAGACGAAAUCUCCGAGGAUGUGUACAAAGGUGUGGACCACAGUGACUCGGAGGACUCAGAGAAUUCCGAUUCCAGCGACCCAGAGGAUGGGAGUGACGAGGACCAGAAAGCAAAAGGUGGCCAGGACGAGGCUGAAGACAAGGACGGAGAUGGAAGAGAUGGCAAACGGAAGGCUAGGGUACCGCCAGCGGGUGAAGAGAAAGAGAGCAGCACAGAUGCCAAGGCGGGAUUGGCCGCAGGUGAGAAAGCGGCAGGUGCUGCCGAGCCUCCAGCGAAGGAGCUGCCAGGCACCGACACAGAUAAGGAGCCUCCGGAGAAGUGCGGGUCGACAUCGGGUACGGCCACACCCCCCUCGAAGGACAAACCUCGGGUAAAAGAGGAAGGCAAGCAGCCUACACCCCCCAACCCAGAUCCAGAGCCCGACUCGGACUCGGAGCAAGAGCUGGUCAUCGACCUCGGGGAUGAGCAGGCCGGUGGGGAGCGUAAGAAGAACAGGAAGGAGCCCGGGACCACCUCCACACCCAAGGACCCCAGCGCUCCUCCUCCAGAGUCUAAAUCUACAGCGCCUUCCAGUGUGACCGCUCCUCCUCCAUCCGACUCCACCCCCUCGACACCCAGCGUGAAGGACCCCGCUCAAUCACCGGUCGCCGUCCCACUCAGCAUGGUGUCCUUUGCUCCGGGACCAGCCGCACCCCUGCUGCCCGGAGCCGCACCCAGCACGACGCCCACAACCACCGCCGCGCCUGUGAAGAAGCAGCGCCCCCUGCUGCCCCGCGAGACCGCCCCCGUGGUGCAGCGUGCUGUGGUCUGGAACGCCACUGGCAAGUUCCAGACAUCCUCGCAGAAGUGGCACAUGCAGAGGGUACAGAGGCAGCAGCAGAGCCAGCAGCCGGCUGCUCAGACGCAGGCGCAGAGCCCAUCAUCAGCGCUACAGCCGUCUUCCGCAAGCACGAGAUACCAGACGCGGCAGGCCGUGAAAGCUGUCCAACAGAAGGACUCCCCCCAGGGCACGUCCAGCUCAGUGGUGCCCCUAGUGACAGCAGCUCCAGCCAUCCCCGCGAGCGCAGCCCCCGCUGUCUCUGCUAGCAGCCCCUCGUCGCUCUCGUCCUCGACCACUGGAGACUUCCAGAUCGCCACUACCUCGGCCGACAUAGCGGCUGACAUAGCCAAGUACACCACCAAGAUAAUGGACGCCAUUAAAGGGACAAUGACGGAGAUGUACAACGACCUGUCGAAAAGCACAUCAGGAAACACUAUCGCUGAGAUCCGGCGCUUGAGGAUCGAAAUUGAAAAAUUACAGUGGUUACAUCAGCAGGAGCUGUCCGAGAUGAAGCAUAACCUCGAGCUCACCAUGGCUGAGAUGCGGCAGAGCCUGGAGCAGGAGCGCGAGCGGCUCGUGGCGGAGGUGAAGAAGCAGAUGGAGCUGGAGAGACAGCAGGCCGUGGACGAGACCAAGAAGAAGCAGUGGUGCGCCAGCUGCAAGAAGGAGGCCAUCUUCUACUGCUGCUGGAACACCAGCUACUGCGACUACCCCUGCCAGCAGGCACACUGGCCGGAGCACAUGAAGUCCUGCACGCAGUCAGCGGCGGCCUCGCAACAGGAAUCGGAGCCGGAGGUGGCGGCAGAUGGAGGCGGCAAAGCAUCCGGCCAGGCGGCCAGCGGGCAGGCGUCUCCAGGGGAGGGCGGGGCAGCGGCGGCCCCCCUGCCAGACAAGGACUCAAGCACAGAGCGAGGGAAAGACAGUGGCACCCCUGUCGCAGGUUCAUAACCCGCAGGAGGGGCCAACUUCGGUGUGACGUGGCCUGUCUGUGAUUUCGUCAAAAAAGCAUUACACGUGGACAGUCCCCGCACACGCUGGGGUGGGGUGGCACUUUUUAAAUGUAAGUAUUAAGAACUAUUGAAUCCUUCCACGGCUUCUCCCCCGUUACCAGCAUUUUGGGACACACCCACAUUCCCACGUAUCCUCACACAAGCACACGUGUGGGGGACACCGCUCAACCAGGCCUCACCAUCCUUCCAAGGAACUCCGGCGAUCACGCAGAGGAAGGACGAGGCAGUCUCUUGGCUAGACACUGCAGCGGACACCGUCCCCAUGGCCCAUGUCACCGAGGACCACAGCACGUCUCAGCGGUUUUCUGGAAGGAGAUGGAAGCUUCUUCGGCUCUGUUCCCCUGACGACAGUUUAACGAAUGCUACCACCGUCUCAUCCCCAGCAAUAACUUUGGUAUUUCAGGAAAAAACCUUCAAAAGGAAACUUCCCCAGUUCCUUAAAUGUUCUUCAGUUUUGUAUAAAAGUCUUUUUCUCUCAUGUGGUAUUGUUAACUUGCUGGAAUAGUGAAAACUAAAGUCUGUGAUUUGUUAAUAUCCCCAAAGGCCACUCCCCUCCCCCGCCCCAUCGCAUUACUGAAUGACCCACGCGGGUGACAGGGACUGUGCAGUAAUCAGUGACAAUGUGGAAAGUCAGGGUGUCCUUUAUGGUGACGAUCCCACUCUUGUCAGUCUCUCUCUCUGAAAAAUAAGCUAUCUAUGGGUGAAUGCAUUUGACAUGCGUGGCAGGUUCUGUGUUUAUGUAGCAAAGAUCAGUCCCGCAAAUUCAUUUGCUUCACAGGACCGGGAAUCAAGUUGUGAUGAGAUGCUACAACAGCCAAGGAGGGAAAACCGGUUUCCAGGGGACUUACCCACACUGUCACCCACCACAGACAUCAUUCAAUAAAACACAAUGAGAAAAGAGGACAAGACAGAUAAAUGUAUAACAUAUACCGAUGACUGUACAGAUACACAAACCUCAUGUUUACUCACUAGAUCUUUUUAAUUUAUACGGGAAAGAGGCACAUGUUAAAAUAUCUCUGGGUAUUGUUACCAUGUAAAAAUGCCUUUUGCAUAGUAAAUGCUGAAGUGGUAACAUACACAAGGAAAUGAAAGGGGAUGCUGUAUGCCAUUUUGAGGUUUACAACAUGCUUACCUGAUUCCAACUCUUUUGUAUUAUUACUUCCAUAUAUAUAUAUAAUUGUCUUUCAUUCAUAUCCUCAUUUCAUAUGGUUUAGUAGAGAUAUGUUUGGAACUAUAUCUUAAAUUACACAUAGAGUAUAAAAGACUUUAAAGUGUACAAAUAACUACAAGCCUUUCAAAGAGAAAGUGAACAAUUAUUAUUCUUAUCGUGUUUUUUCAUUGCAUAAAACACAGGUCUGCCUUUAAACUGGACGUAAAAACUGCAUUUUAAGUGCUGGAACAAGGAUUCUCGUGUUACUAACAUUUUUCCAGGCAAACCUGUCGAUGGCGCUGUCUAGCCACGGAGAACAUGAUUUGACAGAUCAUCUGGUGGACAUCGGAUGGGUUGCCUCCAGCGUGGCACCAGGAAAGGACAGGGAAAUUCAGACGUACUCUGGAAGCCUCUAUAUCAAUGGUUAACACUGUGCUUUGUCUCAUUUAGCCUCUCAGCUGCAUCAUUAAGGAAGACCUUACGUACGUGCGAAGGUAUGACUCCUACAGAGAUAAUCGCAAUCGAGAAGGAAGAAGAGAGACUGUGUCACUUGUGAGCAAGUUUGUCUCACGGUUUGUUGUUUACAUACUGUAAAUAAAUACCCGGGAAUUAGAAAGUGUCACAGCCUUUUUCUAACUACCGUGAAUCUUUAUUAUACAUGUAAGUUUGCACUUUCAUGUUAAAUUGCCUGGAGCUCGUUGACGUAUAAAGCAUAUUGUAAAAUUUU